AUUCCCAGCAGCAGUAUCCAACUAGGGCAAAUAUUCAAAGCUUGAAAGUUUUUCAGAUACAAACGAAAGGAGAUUACUUGAUGGUGAUAAUUUCAGAGCCGCAGCUCUUGAAUUAUCGUAUUUACUCCCUUUUUUAGCAACCCUUUCUUUUUCAAUUCUAACGGUUUUCUUCUAAGAAACAAGAGAGAAAUACUGGGUUUCUGGACCAUUUUCCGAUGGAUGAUAGUUUGUGUGGGUUUUUCGAAGAACCGGAGUUCGUCGGCGACGAUGAUUUGUUCAGUAUUUUUGAGAGCUUAGACGGACUCACUGAGUCGUUUCAAGUACCUCUCACUCCGUUUGAAGAAACGGCUGCUGCCGGUGGUGCACAGAAAUCUGGUUCAUCCGGUGCACAUAUGGAGUCCGAAACGGAGGGAACUUCGCGGGAAAGAAAGCGGCGGAAGGUGGUUUCUUUAGAGGAAACGACGGCGAACGUCGAUGGACCUCAAAGGGUGUCGUAUAUCACCGUGGAACGCAACCGAAGGAAGCAAAUGAACGAGCAUUUAUCGGUGCUGAGAUCGUUGAUGCCUUGCUUCUAUGUCAAAAGAGGGGAUCAAGCAUCGAUUAUUGGGGGAGUAGUGGAUUACAUCAGUGAGUUGCAACAAGUUCUACACUCGCUCGAGUCGAAGAAACAAAGGAAAGUUUACAGUGAAGUGUUGAGUCCGAGACCGUCUCAACUCAGUCCGAGGCUGAACUUGCUGAUAAGCCCGAGAACACCUCAGCCCAGUAGCCCUUACAAGUUGCAAAAGGCCGCUGGUUAUCUGUCUCCCACCGUGGCGGCGGCGCAGGCUACAAUUCCGCUCGAACCGUCACCGACUUCCUCCACUUCCUCCGUCGACAACAAUGAGCUCGUGGCGAACUCGAAAUCUCCGGUCGCCGACGUGGAAGUGAAGUUUUCUGGCCCGAAUCUCGUUUUGAAGACAGUGUCGUCUCGGAUUCCCGGUCAAGCUCUGAAGAUAAUCUCUGCUCUUGAGGAGCUCUCACUCGAAAUACUCAAGGCCAACAUUAACACCGUCGAUGAAACCAUGCUUAAUUCCUUCACGAUCAAGAUUGGAAUUGAAUGCCGGUUAAGUGCAGAAGAACUCGCCCACCAGAUCCAGCAAACGUUCGGUCAUUGCUAGGUCUACUCGGUCGAUCAUAAAGUAGAAAAUACUAA